AUGGAGAGAAUAUUGUAUCUCUUAGUGACUGUGCGACGCGGUUUGACAGAUUUAAAUAAGUCAGAUGGCUGUGAAGAUGUCUCGAAUCAUAAGAUAAAGAUCGACGAACUGAAAACAUUGCUCGAGAAAGAUCCGUACCUAUCACAACGAAAGCUUGCACAGCAACUUGGAGUUACUCAUUCCUCAGUAUGGAAAUAUUUGAAGAAAAUAGAAGAAGAGGCAGAAACACAGGAAGUUGAUAGACAGGAUACAGUUUUCUUUCUCCGACGCAUGCAUCAUCAUUUUAAUCACGGCAAAAGUGCUGCAGAAGCUCAAGGACUGAUUUCUGACAAGUAUGGAGAGAAUAUUGUAUCUCUUAGUGACUGUGCGACGCGGUUUGACAGAUUUAAGUCAGAUAGCUGUGAAGAUGUCUCGAAUCAUAAGAUAAAGAUCGACGAACUGAAAACAUUGCUCGAGAAAAUCCGUACCUAUCACAACGAAAGCUUGCACAGCAACUUGGAGUUACUCAUUCCUCAGUAUGGAAAUAUUUGA